GUGCAUAUAGUGGAAUGGGAAGGCGAGAAGAAGUAUAAAAGAGCUCAGAAACCCGCCCCGUUGGCUUCCAUGAAGCCCGUCGGUUGUAAAGAAUAGGAAUAGGGCGUGUUAAUUGUGUUUCAACAAUGGCACAGAGUCAAACUGCUGUGCUGAAGCUGUACAACAGCGUGAUGGAGGACGUGAUCGCGGGCGUGCGCGACUCCUUCCUGGACGAAGGGGUGGACGAGCAGGUGCUGCAGGAGCUGAAGCAGAUCUGGGAGACGAAGCUGAUGAACACCAAGGCGGUGGAGGCGGCCGCGGAGCCCUUGGACCCCCAGCCCCCGCUCCUGCUCAAGGACAGGAACGCCCUCGCCAAAGCAGGUGGCGCUAACUCUAAGAAAGGGGGUGCCACCACGGUGAUCAUCCCUCAAGUGAACUCUGGCAACGUGCUGUCGUACCAGCAACAGCAGCAUCUUCAGCAGCAGCAACAGCAACACUCGGUGCAGCAGCAACAGCAACACGCGGUGCAGCAGCAGCGAGUAGCACAGCAACAGCAGCAACACGCCGCGCAGCAACACGCAGUGCAGCAGAGGCAGCAGCAGCAGCAAGGCAGCAAUAGCCAGCAGCACCCAAGCCUGAUGGUGCCGGACCCGAACCGGCAGGUGCCGAUCCAGAUCACGCUGCCGGCCCAGCCGAACCAGCCGGACUCCCAGCCGAGGGUGCUCACCAUCCAGGUCCCGGCGUCCGCCCUCCAAGGCAACACGCUGCACUCGGUGCUGACGGGCCCGGUGAUCUCCGCGACGAUGGCCCUGCCCCAGCAGGUGGCCAGCUCGCUGCUGCAGCAGCACGUGACGGCCGCCCUGCAGGGGGGGCACUCGCUGCUGCAGCAGCACGUGACGGCCGCCCUGCAGGGGGCCAUGGCCUCGGAGAGCGUGGCCGCGCGGGGCGGCGCCGCGGUGCGGCAGCUGGACGGCGCCGGGGACACCUCGGAGGAGGACGACGAGGACGAGGACGACGAGGAGGACCUGGACGACGACGACGACAACGACGACAAGGAUGAGGAGGAGAACGAGGAUGAGGCAGAAGGCGGGGCCGAGGAGGAACCUUUGAAUUCCGAGGAUGACGUCAGUGACGACGAUCCGACCGAUCUGUUUGAGACGGACAACGUUGUGGUGUGCCAGUACGACAAGAUCACACGCAGCAGGAACAAGUGGAAAUUCUACCUGAAAGACGGCAUCAUGAACCUCAACGGGAAGGAUUUCGUUUUCCAGAAGUCGAACGGCGACGCCGAGUGGUGAGGCUGUUCCGCGGACUGCCAGGACGACCGCGAAGUGGACUUGCGAUGGGUGCUUGCGUGCGUCUUGUGACAAUUAUUUUCUAUCUCUCUCUCUCUCUCUCUCUCUCUCUCUCUCUCUCUCUCUCUCUCUCUCUCUCUCUCUUCCCCCUCAUUGUGGGCGCGAUUCCGUAGCGUCCCUCCCGCGACCUGAGACGUGGGGUUAGGGGCUCCCGAGACGUCGGAGGGAGAAGGGUCAGGGGAAAGAUUUGUGUGCACCGUACAGAAGGAGUGUUGGUAGCCGGUUCAAAGCAACAACCGCACAACUCAACUCGGUGCGUGGUUUCAGGGAAGAAGCCAAGCUAUAGAUAUAUUUUUUUUUUUUGUAAAUAUGAAUCAUGUUACUGUUACAUAAGGAGCUGUGUUCUGCAGCUUGUGUUUUGUUGGCAAUGUUCCUUUUUCUUUUUUUCUUCUUCUUUUUUGUUUGGAUGUACGUAACUGAUUGCCAGUGUGAGGGUGACAAAUAAAAGCUUUACUGUUGUUUUUUACAUUACAUCACUGGUUAAUUUUAACUUAUUUCUAAAUUUAAAAUCUUAAAUGUUGUACUGCAGACAUGAUUUAUACCACUCAAAAUUCUCUAUUCACCAGCGAGAUUAGCGAGUGAGAAAUACGUUUUGCAUGUUGUCUUGGGUUUGGUUUGGAUAGGGGAGGGGGGUGGGUUGUUACAGAAAUGGUAAGAUCCAAGAUCAAGAUGGAAUUAUUCUGAUAAUAUUGUGCCUGGGUGUGUGUUACCUAAUAAUGGAUUUUGGAAAUCCUGUAAGAUUUGUGCGUGUUAUAAGUGAGGCAGAUUGUAUAUAGUACGUGUAUAUUUAUGUGAAGUAAAAUUAGAAACUAUGCAUCUUUGUCAGAUGUAUUUUGGAAGUGUUGAUCAAAGAAAGUUACAAACUGUUUUUCCCCCCCUUCACUUUCUGUCGAAAACAAACUAGUGAAAAAAUAUCCAAAUAUAUUAUGUGCACAAUGUUAAAGAAAAUAAUUUAAUUUAUUAAGAUUGAAUGGGACUUUACAAAAUUUUUGGUAACAUUUUGGGAACACUAAAAUAGGGCAGUAGAUAAAAGUUUGUAACUUUUUUUUUUUUUCAAGAAUAUUGAUUGCACUGUACUCUACUGAUUAUUCAUAGUAUCAUUUUUACAGCACUUUCACCGUAACUGAUUUUACACAAAAAUUAUGCAUAUGCUGUAAAUUAAAAAAAAAUCUUUUUUAAAUCUUUAAUGUGAACAAUAGUUGUGAUGUUAACAUCAUAGAUGUAUCAAAUCAUGUUGCUGAUGUAAGCUAAUUUAUUAUCAUCUUAUGAGAAUGUGCCUAUGUUGGGUUGUUUACUGUUCGUAAAUAAAACUGAAAAUUCUCUCUUGUUAUAAA